AAGAAGAAGAAGAAGGAGAAGAAGGAGAAGGAGGAGGAGAAGAAGAAGGAGAGGAAGAAUAAAUACAAAUGACCACCGCGGCCCUGACCGCGGGUCUGGACCGGAUCCCGGACCAGCUCGGAUACCUGGUGAUCAGUGAGGACGGAGUUCUGGCCUCGGCAGGUGAGCUGGAGAACGACGAACACACGGCGGGUGUGAUGAUGGAGAUGGUUCGAACGGCGAGUCGCUUCAGGUUACAGGGGUCAGCCGAUCCGCCCUUCAAACGCAUGUCAGUGAUUCUGGAAGACUUCGUUUACACGGUGACGGUAUCUGGUCAGAAAGUUUUCGUGGUCAAACGACAGAACAACCAACAGGAACCAAUCAGCAUCUGACAUUUGGAGGUCAUGAUGAUGAGGGUCAGAGGUCACAGUGAUCAAUGUGUGAUUGUUGUAUUUAACUGUUUGUGUGAAUAAAACGAUUCAUGAUG